AUGCGGACCUUCAACAACCUUGUUCUGGCUGUAUCGUGGGCCACCGCUUCACUUGGUGCUCUGUACACCGAACCCAGCCAACUGCCGCACCUCACGUACGACUACGUAAUCGUUGGUGCUGGUACCGCCGGCAAUGUUAUUGCGAGCCGACUUUCGGAGAAUUCACUGUAUUCUAUCCUUGUUCUUGAAGCAGGCAUCAGCGCUGAGGACGAUCUCGCUACCAUUGUGCCCCUUUUGAUACCUACCCUCCCGCCUAAUUCACCACAUGACUGGAAUUACACCAUAACACCUCAAAGCGGACUCGAUGGACGGGCAUUCCCUUACAGACGAGGGAGAUUACUAGGAGGAUCUAGCACCAUCAACUUCAUGAUCCACCAAUACGGCUCGUCGGAAGACUUCGACAAGAUCGCAGAGAUCACAAAUGACGUUGGUUGGAAAUGGGACAGCCUCAAACAACACAUUGAAAAGCAUGAAAAAAUAGUUCCGCCCGCAGAUGGUCACAAUACAUCAAGCCAAUAUGUUCCUGCUAUUCACAGUACAAACGGGAUUAUGCCUGUGAGCCUGGCAGGAAGAUCCCAGUCGAUUGAUGCGCGGGUCAUCGCUACCACGAAAGAAAUGCCACAUGAUUUUCCUUUCAACAAAGACAUGGGUGGAGGAGACGUUUUAGGCCUCGGUUGGAUCCAGUCUUCCAUUGGUGGUGGGAAACGAAGCAGCUCUGCCACUUCAUAUCUCGCUGCCGCGAUCAAUCGACCAAACGUUCAUGUCCUCAUCAACGCACAAGUAACUAAGCUUCUACAUACCGGCUCUCUGUCAGCAGUGCCUUCUUUUCGCGCUGUGCAGUUUGCACGGAAACCUGGUGCGCCCCAGACCGUCGUGAAGGCGAGGAAGGAAAUCAUCCUAUCAGCUGGCUCUAUUGGCACACCCCAAAUUCUAUUACUUUCUGGCAUUGGUCCAAAGGCUGAGCUCCAAGCGCUGAACAUUCCGGUCGUCGUAGAUAACCCAUCUGUCGGACAGAACCUAUCUGACCACAUCUGGGUGCCCAACAAUUACAAAGUAAGGGAUGAGGACAGUCUUGAUGACUUCUUUCGGGACCCUCUUCGCUUUUCCUCUGCUAUGAAGGAAUGGCAUGCGAGAAAGACGGGCAUUUUUGCUGGUGGCAUUACGAAUAAUUUGGGUUUCUUCAGGCUCCCUUCAAACGCUAGUAUAUUCUCGACCACCCGUGACCCAGCAUCUGGUCUCAACUCUGCUCAUUGGGAGAUGGUCGUUGCUAACUUUUAUCUCAAUUAUAAGCCUGGUGUUGUCGAACCGGUCAACGGAAGUUACAUGACCAUUCAGUCGGCUCUGAUCUCCUCGACGUCACGCGGGGCAGUAAAACUAAUUUCAGCCGACCCCUUUGCCCAUCCGCUCAUCAAUCCCAACUACCUCACGACCCCGUUUGACAUCUUCACAAUGCGAGAAGCUGUUAAAGCAACCAAACGCUUUGUCAGCGCCGACGCCUGGAGAGACUAUAUCGAAUCUCCUGUUGGUGGCGUUGUUGGCACGGAGGAUGCAGACAUUGAUGCUUACGUUCGCGAUCAAGCGUUAUCGAUGCUUCAUGCAACGGGUACUGCAAGCAUCUCUCCCAAAGGUGCUAGCUGGGGCGUUGUAGAACCAGAUUUGAAGGUGAAGGGUGUUGACGGGGUUCGUAUCGUCGAUGCUUCGAUUUUGCCUUUCCCGCCAAGUGCUCACACUCAAGGCCCAGUUUAUCUGAUAGCGGAAAGGGCUUCACAGCUCAUUGUGGGCGAGAAUCUGCAAGCAGAGUUGGACUUUCACUUCAGAACAGAUUGGGUGGUCGAACUUCAAGCAUUCCUCUCAUCGUCUGCGGCAAGAAUGUAUCGGUUUUGCCAGGACAUCCCCAUCAUGUCGAAUUAA